AAGUCCCCAGUCCGGGCUAUAUUCGAAACGUAUCUCGGUCAGUUUGGAGGUGGACAUGAAGAUCUUCAGCAUUUGUUUCCUGACCCUGGUCAUUUUCGCCUGCCAAACGUUGGCAGCUAACAAUACCAUUGAGGAAAUUGACUGUCCCCCUGACAAUAAUAAUAACAACAAUGGUACCGACAACAAUGCAAAGAUGUCAGAUAAACUCUGCCCCGAUUUCCAGCAUCUGCGGGAUAUGAUGGAUCAGGAAAAACUGCAGCAGCUGAUCCAAGUGCAUUACAAUUGCGAUGGAAAAUUCAGAAAGGCUAUGCGCUAUUACAACACCACACCAUUCGAGCAGGUCACCCAACAGCUGUCCGACACCGAUGCCUAUCAGACGAUCCUUAGGGAACUCGAGAACUCGAGUGUAUAUACUGUGGAUGUCGAGAGUGUGGCGGCAAUCUUCUACUGCAUCAUUCUUCCCGUACAGCAGCCGGAUACCGAUUGUGAUUGCAAGUCGAUCAGGGGUCAUAGCUUUGUCGACGAUGUCUUGAACUUGAUGCCCCAAAUUGAGGUGCACAACUAUAUUGUGGCUUCCCAGGCCAAUGGCACAAACUUUGGCAAUUUCACAAAAGCCGUAACUUCGAAGGAAUUCCAGGCCACUUUGAAGGCCAAUAUUAACAAAAAGGAUGUAAUUAAACCUCUGCGCACUCUACGCCGCAAGGGCUGGGAUAUUCCGGAGCUACUCAAGGGCAUGCUGACCAUUUUCACCUGGUGACAUGGGCACUUGGAACGGAAGCCUCUCGCUUCUAUAUGUAAACCAAAUAUAGCAACAAGUGAAUCCAAA